GAUUUUUGAGAUGAAUUGACAGAAAAAAUAUAUGAUUUUUAUUUUGUUUAAUGUGUUACUGUUUAAACUUACUUUUAAUUCUUAGUCAGGCAAUACCUGUCAUAUUAAAAUAUAUUAGAAACAAACUUGAAAAACUGAUUUUUGUAUUUUUAUGCACGCGUCUACAUAAAUUAGCUCUAUUUUUUUUAUGAAUGCUUUGAGAAUACAUUUUUCUUAAAUCAAACCAACGGCUAUUUAUUCGUUUUCCGAGAAAAAAAAGAGGAAAAAAAAUAUUUUCUUUGAAAAUGCCGUGUGUUUCUUGGUUUUUUUUUUUAUCCUUUAAUCAAGUAUAGAAUGAAGCAGCUGAAUGAUUCAAUGGAUUAGUAAAACAAAAAGUAGGAAUUAAUGUCAAAGUAAAUUUUUAAACUUACACGUAACAGUACAACUUUUCAUUCACGGUCAAUAAUUUCAACGGUUCUUCUAACUGUCGAUAGUUCUUGAUUAAAGAAAAGAAAGAAUACAAAUUUGCUAAUUUUUACAAUGCUCUUAUUUACGUAAUAAAUUCUCUUCUUUCUUCGGAUAGUACCAUAGUUUUGUAUAUUUAUUUGUUCAUAAGAUUUAUUUAGUAGAAAGAAUAAUGAUAGACUAUGGAUAUGUUCUCUUAUAUAGAAGGACAUCGAAUCAAGGCUAUCCUCUUAUUACAAACGAAGUGUGUAUUAAUUAUUGACACAACAAUAUUAAAAUAGAUUGAUCAUUUAUUUAUUAUCAGUACUUUUUUUUUUAAAACUAAUUACCCAUAAAAGAAAAGAAUGGAUUUCGGUACGGCAAGGACACUAUAACACUCAUUUUAAAUAAAUAAUGUUCACAAACAACAAGUAUUUCCACAUGUGUUUGUAUAUAUAUAUAUAUAUAUAUGUGUGUGUGUUUAAUUAAAAUAAACUAUUUGAUGUAGAAAAAUGGAAUGAAUAGAUUAUCUCUUUACAGGUUUGGAAAAUAAACUGAAAUUAUCGUUUGAUGAUAAUGGUAAAACUGUAAAGAAUAAAAUUGAAAAUCAAAUCUCUCAUGUAGAACAACAAAUACCGUAUUCAUUAAAUCCAUCUCAAAAAUUAUUAGUUGCAAAUUCAUCCCGAACAAACGAACGUGCAUCAUUUAGUUUAGAAGCAACGUUAGAUCAAGAAAGACAAUUUUCAAAAAAAUUAAAUGGAAAUGUUCAACAAGAAAAAGAUGACGAUGAUGGAAGUAGUGAUGAAAUUGUUUAUAGUUGUGCACUAUCCGAAGAAAAUGAAACUAGUUCUAAUUCGUCAAUGGAUGAUAAUGAAUUAUCAGAUCAAGAUGACGAUUCUUUACCAUUGGAUGAUGAUGAUGAUUCUGUAUUAAAAUCAGAUACAUCAAAAAGUAAUUCAAAUGGUGUAUCUCAUUUUCAACCAAUUGAAAGUACACAUGAAGAAUCGCAAAGGAAAACAAUUUUCAGUAUCGAUUCUGGUCAUGUUGUAUCAGAUUCUCCAUCUGAUUUAUCACCGUGUACAUCACCAUCAUGGAAAAAAAUUCCAGUAUCGAAUAUUCCAUCAAAAAUAAUCUUAUCAAACCGAUUUAAUUCGACUUAUUUUCGUAGUCCAUGUUUGAAGUGUGGCUCAUCGACUUAUAGUGACGAUGUUGUUUCUGUUGAAAAAUAUAAUUUUCAUAAACAUUGUAUAAUUUGUUCAAUUUGUGGAAAAAUGUUGAGAGAGAAUGAAUAUACAUUAUUUGAUAAAGCGAAUGAUGGAACAAUUCAAUUUUAUUGUACACUUGAUUUUUGUAAAAGACGUUUAAAACAAGUACAAACAAAUAUAGCGACAAAUAUUCAAAAUGAAAAAGAGCAAUUACAUUUAUCAGAAUCAUCACGUCUAUAUCCAAAGCUAAGUUAUUGUGAAAAAGAUAAUGCGGAUAACAAGAAUCGAAGAAAUACAACAACGUUAACCACUUCACCGUCGACGAUAACAUCAUCUAUUCCACAGCAAUCACUUUCAACAUCGUGGUCGAGUAGUUUUCGUUUAUAUCCGUCGCUUACAGAUGCUCUAUCAAAAAAAUCACACCCAUUAAACUUUGUUAAACUACCGUACACAGAUAAUAAUGGAGAGAAUAAUAAUGAACAUCAACGAUCAUUGUUCAACACAAAUAUUGGUUUUGAAAAGAGUGAAAUGUUUGCUGAAUCGACAGCAGAGUUGACACAACAUUUGGCAGCAACAACGUUGAAUAAAACAAGUGACAGCAAACAACGCUUUAAAAGAAGAUCUCGUGACAGACCAGAUACACCACCAAUGCUACAGACAGUCAUCAAUAAGACACAACAUUCAUCGUCAAAUCAACAGUCAGAAUUUGAUCAAAGUAAGUCUAUUGUAUGCAAUCAAUCAAUUAACCCCCUCCCCCCCAUAGUAGAAGACCACCUGGUCUUCUAUUUUGCCCGGGAAGUCGAAUUCUAAAGGUGGCCUUCUAUUGCGGCUAAGUUUUGUCGCCUGGUAGUAGUCCAACAGUAACCUCUCAUAUACUUGAAGUCCACCCACUAUUACAAGAACAUUUUGACGAAAUUUUUUGAAAAUUACCCUAUUUUGCCGAAUUUUUUUAGCGGCCAUAAUAGAAGAUCAGUGGUCUUCUUCUGGGGAGAGAAUUAGAAGCAGAGUUGGAACCGAUCUAAAACUAAGAGACCGGAUCGGACAGGCCGGCCUUCACGUCUUUUUAGACCGGUGAAAAACCGGCAAAAAACCGGUCGGUUUUCAAAAAUUUCCUAGGCCGGUGAAAACCUGGCCGGGUUGAGAACUUUUAUCAGUAAAACUAAAUUUCUUUAACGAAAACGGGGUAUUCACUAGCUUUUUCUUAUUUCUCUUAGUUUCUGUUGAAUGAAGACGAGAAAAAUGCUAAAAAUUCUGAAAACGGCAAAAAAUCGGUCGACACCGGUCGGUCUGAAAAGUUUUCUAGACCGGCAACAGACGGGCGGAGACCAGCCGGUCUGCUGGUUCCAACUCUGGUCGGAAGACCAUGGUCUUCUAUUUGGCUUUCAAGUCAUAUAAUCGGCAGUGGUCUUCUAAUAGAGGAUGGUCUUCUAUUAUGGGCAUGAAAAACGCGUAACUCUGCUACCGGAGUGUCUGUGUGUUACCGUUUUUUCUCUUUUCGUUUAUCCUAUAAUAUACGGAGGAAAUAUCGUAGAAAUCCUGGAAAGCGUCUUGUUUUGUAGGAUGAAGUGCGUUCUUCAAAAUCGACCACCAGCUCAAUUCGAAAUAACUGACGCUGUUUAUGCUAUACUUAAAGUACGAAGAGCCCCAAAAACACUGUCGUUUGGUUUUAGGGCUUUUAGUAUUUCGA